GGCGCCCGCCCCCCGCCCCCGUCAUGUGGAGCGGACGUCACUCGCCUGCACUGUAACCCAAGAAGUGAAAGAGACGGGGACCCACGGCCCAACUUCGCACCGUAACAAAGGCGGGGGUGCUCUCUGCCGCCCGCCAUGCUUUCCAGGUAGGAGACGCACGUCGUCCUGGGAGGUGCGUCUCUGCAGCCGGGGAGCCAAGGCCCCGUCGGAAAAUGGAGAGAUAAGACGGCGUCUGGCAGGCCUGUGCGACAGAAAGCCGUGCCCGCCCCUGCCGGGGAGCCCCUGUCGCGGAGAUGGAUCGCAGCCGAGAGGCCGAGGUGGAGCUGAGGAGGGGCUCGAGCCCCGGCAGGGCCAGCAGGAGCCCCGAGGUGGACGGGGACAAGGCCAUGAGCCACAGCUGCUGCAUCUGUGGCAAAAGCUUCCCCUUCCAGAGCUCCCUCUCACAGCACAUGCGCAAGCACACGGGGGAGAAGCCCUACAAGUGUCCCUACUGUGACCACAGGGCCUCGCAGAAGGGCAACCUGAAGAUCCACAUUCGCAGCCACCGCACAGGCACGCUGGUCCAGGGCCACGAGCCGGAGGCUGGCGAGCUGCGGGUGUCCGAGGGCCUGGAUGGGUGCACCAGCCCCACGAAGAGCACCUCCGCCUGCAACAGGAUCCUGAACGGGGCCACCCAGGUGGACAACAGCAAGAUCCUGCUGAGGAGCAGCAAGAAGGAGGCGGAGGGCGCCGCGGGCGCCCCGGGGUUGGGCCAGGCCGCAGCCCAGUGCUCCUUCUGCAAGUGCAAGUUCGAGCACAGGAAGGACCUGGAGAGCCACGUGCACCAGGCUCACAAGCCCUUCCGGUGCCGGCUGUGCAGCUACGUGACCCUCCGGGAGGAGUCCCUGCUGAGCCACAUCGAGAAGGACCACAUCACCGCGCAGGUGCCCAGCGGUGCCGAGGCGGACGCGGAGCACGGCAAGCCCGAGCUGACCCCCGGGGAGUUCCCCUGCGAGGUGUGCGGCCAGGCCUUCAGCCAGACCUGGUUCCUGAAGGCUCACAUGAAGAAGCACAGAGGCUCCUUCGACCACGGCUGCCACAUCUGUGGCCGGAGAUUCAAAGAGCCGUGGUUCCUCAAGAACCACAUGAAGGCGCACGGCCCCAAGACGGGGAGCAAGAACAAGCCCAGGAGCGAGCUGGACCCCGUGGCCACCAUCAACAACGUGGUGCAGGAGGAGAUGAUCGUGGCGGGCCUGUCCCUCUACGAAGUCUGCACCAAGUGCGGGAACCUGUUUACAAACCUGGACAGCUUGAACGCGCACAACGCCAUCCACCGCCGGGUGGAGGCCGGUCGGACGCGGGCUCCGGCCGGGGAGGGCGCCGUGGUGCAGGGCGGCCCCCCGGACUCGCAGCAGCUCUUCCUUCAGUGCCUGAACCUGCGGCCCACGGUGGCCGGCGCGCCCGCCCGCGGGCAGGCCGGGCGGCGCGUGGCCGAGCUGGACCCGGUCAACAGCUACCAGGCCUGGCAGCUGGCCACCCGGGGCAAGGUGGCCGAGCCGGCCGAGUACCUCAAGUACGGCGCGUGGGACGAGGCGCUGGCCGGGGACGUGGCCUUCGACAAGGAGCGGCGCGAGUACAUCCUGGUGAGCCAGGAGAAGCGCAAGCGCGAGCCCGAGGCGGGCGCGCAGGGGCCCCCGCGCAAGCGGGCAGGCGCGCCCGGGGACCCCGCGCCCGGGCCCCUGGACGCCCGGCCGGCCGCGCGCCCCAGCCGCCGCGCCGCCGUCCCCGCCGGCCACGGCAAGUCCUCCGAGUGCUUCGAGUGCGGCAAGAUCUUCCGCACCUACCACCAGAUGGUGCUGCACUCCCGGGUGCACCGCCGCGCGCGCAGGGACCGCGACGGCCCCGGGGAGCGCGCGCCCCGUGCGCGCUGCGGCUCGCUCAGCGAGGGCGACUCGGCCUCGCAGCCCAGCAGCCCGGGCUCGGCCUGUGGUGCCGCCGCCGACUCCCCGGGCUCGGGCCUGGCCGACGAGGCUGCGGACGAGAGCGGAGAGGACGGUGCGGUCGACCCUGCACCAGGGGGAAAGCCUCACCGCUGCUGCUUUUCCGAAGAGGUAGCUUCGACUGUGCUCUCCAACGGAGACCGGACUCACGCACCUGGAAGUAAGGCAUCAGAGACACAUACCGGUGAGCCCGGAGCGGGGAGCGCAGCUUCUGUGUCCGCACUUGGAAACAGGAGCAGAGAUGCCUGCAAGAGAGCAGAGCAGCCGAGGUUUUCUGUGGACUUAAAGAUGCCAGCGUUUCACCCAAAGCGGGAGGUCCCCAUCCCCAGGGACACUGCAGACUUCCCUUCGCUUUCGGACCAGACUUUUCCAGAAGGAGAUCCGAAGCUCUCGUCCGAGAGCCCGGCUCACCACCCGAAAGACAAGCUGCCUGACUUGCACACUAAGGAACACGCUGGGGGCGGACGGAGGGGGCCAGCCGCAGAGCUGACCCCGCUGGACCUCAGUGACAGGUCGACCCGGGAUGACCCCGGCCGUAAGGAGCUGGCCUCCUCCCUGCAGGCCGCGCUGGCCGUCCACCCGUGCCCUUACUGCAGCCACAAGACGUACUACCCCGAGGUCCUGUGGAUGCACAAACGUAUCUGGCACAAGGUCAGCUGCAGCUCCGUGACCCCCCAGUGGAUUCCUCCCAACGGUUACAAGAGCAUCAGGAACAACUUGGUUUUCCUUGCCCGGAGUGGACGCACGGGGCCCCCGCCUGCCCUCGGGGGCAAAGAGUGCCAGCCCCUGCCCAUCGCUCGGUUCACGCGCACUCAGGUACCGGGAGGGGCGCCAGGGCCCAGAGGCGGUUCCUCGCCCCUGGGCGUGACCACGAAAGCCGCUCACCUGCCUAAGAGCAAGGACGGCCACUCCGGGGGCCCCUGUGCGCUUUGGGUGGCCGGCCCCGAAGGGCACCGACAGGCCAGGCCUGGCCACCACGGCCCCGAGCAGCACGGCGCCCCCACGCAGCUGCCCCUGCCCAAGCCCAGGCAGGAGGCCGGCCCCCGGCCGGGGCCCGCGGCGGGCGGCGGUGGCUUCAGCCGAAGCGCCACCCCGACGCCCUCAGUCAUCGCCCGGGCAGGCGCCCAGCCCCCCACCGGCAGCAGGCCGGGGGACAAGUGCGGCAUCCCCCCCGCGGGGGCCGGCCUCGGUCCCCCAAAUAAGCACAGUGCCCCGGACCCCCCGAAAGCCAAAUUCGGCCCUCAGCCUCAGGGCCAGCUGCACGUGAAAGGCGACGGGACCCCCGCUCUACCUCCCCGCGAGCCCCCCUCCAAGGCGGGCCAGGAGCUGCGGCCGCCCGCCAGCUGUGGAGCGGGCCCCGGGGGGACCGCGGCCUCGCCGGGCCAGCCCCCGCUGCACACCAGCAAGCAGGAGCCCGCGUCCGACGGCCACGAGAAGCGCCUGGACAUCCUCAAUAUCUUUAAGACGUACAUUCCAAAGGACUUUGCUUCCCUCUACCAGAGCUGGGGUGCCAACGGCCCUGCACUAGAGCACAGAGGGAUGCUCCGGACGCAGGCCCGCCAGGGAGACUUCGCGUGCGCGGAGCGUGGGAUGUGCUUCCAGCAGCCCGGUCACCUCAGGGCCCCCACGCGGGCACCCCACCUGCCACCGGCGGUGUUUGCGCCUAACGGCCCCCGAAGUGCUGAAGCCCACGCCCCCUCCGCAGACGCCCCCAAACAAGGGAGAGACCGUUCUAACCCAGAUACCGUCCAGACAGUGCCUCUCGGAAAGGGAACCUAAGGACGCGUUUCCAGUGGACCCCGGUGCCCCGUGACCGCCGUGAGCAGUCCCCUGGUGGAGGACCGACAGUGACCCCGACCGCCCCGCCGAGGACAGCCACAGGACUCCCGACGGGACGCCGCACAGCCCGCAGCGGCCGCGCGGCCCUGGAGGCUGACGGGAGGCGCCUGUCCUUGAGCGACCUUGAAGGAUAACCCAGGACGGGCCUCCCUGCAGUGACGCGUGUCUGCUCUCCGCGCACACGUGUGCUGUCCGCCCCAGGCCCGUAUUUUCCUAGGCCAGACGGUGGUGGCGACGGGCACGCCGGGGCACGGGCGUCCGCGUCGGAGACACUGGAGGGGGACUCGUGUGCGCGUGGCAGAGACCGAAGAGGCCGAGCGCCGCGUCGAGGCGGCCGGUGCUGGGGGGGGUGGGGGGGGGGGACUGGCGGGUGACGCGCGGACGCGCGGUGACCGAGCGGAGGCUGGCGGGGCGGUGGCGCCGCAGCCCGGCCUUGUCGCGGCGGGUGUUUAGUCCGCGGAGGACAGGAAGGAGGUGGCGCCGGGCGCCGGGGACGGCGGGGCCCGUGACGAGGGCCUGACUGUCCGGUGGCCGUGGGGGGCCCGUGCGCGUUACCCCGUUGGCUCUUUCCGUCCCUCCCAUCCCUUGUGCUCGGCCAGCCCGCGGAGGAAACACAUCUGUGGGAGGACGUACGUUCGGCUUCGGCAAAGAGCUAGUUAAACACUAAGAAAAGCAGGCUUCUUUGUUUAUUCUCAGGACCUUUUUGUAACAGGGCUACACUCUGUAAACUGCUCACGAAGGAACUGCCUGUCUUCGCGAAUUCUCCAGCCACUGAACCCCCCCCCCCGGUCUACACCCGGUUUAGUGAUGGCAGGAGAAUCCCUGAGCAGCUUUGGGGGCCCUGGUGCUCUGGAACCUUCUUGUCCCCCUCCCUCCCCUCCCCGUCUGUCCCUACACCAGCCCAGCAAGUCGGUGUCUUUUCUUCUUGGGCCCGGGGCCCUCCUCAGGAUGAGUUCCUUCAUUCCCAGAACGUGGAGGUCCCCAGGCCCGUGGGUGGGGGCGGCUUUAUAUACCUCUUCCUCAGUCCCGCAAAUGCAAGUUUUUGUGGUGGGGGUUAAGGCCCGUAACAAAGGAUCUUAAACCGUGCAGUGUAUGCAGUUAAAAUUGUAUUCCACAGAUAUAAAUAUUUUCUUUUCCUGUUACCGUGACACUGUGUGUGAUGGUAAUAUUUCUGAGAGUUUCAGAUUUUUGCACAUAUGAUUUUAUGCAUUAUCAAAAGUUACUGCUGCCUUGAAUGAAAAUGUUCUGUGAAAUUUUUUGCAAAAGCUUUACUAGGUUUUUUUUAAUUGUGAAAUUUUGUAAAGGCAGGAAAUGGAUUAAAAACAAGCAUGCUAAAUAUAUUUUUCAAAAAAGCAAUAAUUUUACAUGUACAGAAAUUAUCCUAACCUUUAAUACUGGUGAGAGCGACAGUUUACUUAAUACAGUAAUGGAUUCGUGCAGUUUUUUGUAGGAAACGGGCUUCUGAUACAAAGAUUUGUUGAAACGCGUGCGCGCGCACAUACACAAACCCUGACGUGUGGUUUUCCUGUUCUCAUGAUUUGUUGAAUUAUUAUUAUAUUAUUAUUAUUGUUGAUGUUGUUAUUAGUUAAUGUUUGGUUCUGGAUUCUACUUGUUACUGAGUUUAAAUUACUUGACGGUUCAGGUUACUUUGUGACACUUGCAGAUCAUGGAACGUAACUGGCUAGCUCACAUACACACGUGUGUGCACACACGCGUGUAUACACGUGUAUGUGUAUACAGGUGCACGUGUGUGUGUGUGUGUGUGUGUGUGUGUGUGUAUGUAACUUUCUUACUUAUUUUUUCCCGAUGAUUCUGGCACCAGAAUGAUCUGUUGUGUUGGUGUAAUUGGGAUGUCCAUACAGAUACCGUUACGCAGCUGGAAUAGACCGUUCUGUAAAGUCGUUUUGAGCAAAGUUGCAGCGACACAUUCCUCUGUUCACCUUGGAAGGCAAAAUGCCUUUUUGUUGACUUAUGUUUGAUCACUUUGAUAGCCUGGGUCCCCAAAGCGAUCAAUUCUGCAUUUCGUUUUCUUGGCUGAACGUGAGCAGUGACGGUUCGGGAAUGCACAGGGGCUAGUGACUCAGUCCUGUCUGUCUCUCUGUGUCCUAGUUAUUAAAAGCAACUCUGUUCCCAAAGUGACACGGGAGGAAGUGUCGUGUCCGUUCUUACUGUUCCAGAAGCGGCACGCCGGGGCCCAGCUGGCAUCCGGAGCUGGAGGGACCCUCCCGGGAGCCGGCUUCCCGGGGGCGCCCGGUGGAGAGAGGGGCGCGUGCCUGGGGCCCCGUUGAAGAGCGCGCAGCCAAGUCAGCUGACGGAACCGUGCGCUGCGUAGAGUGCAGACGUAGGUUUCACGUGACUACACAGACGUCUAGGACCCUCCGAGGAAGCCGCCCUCCAAGGCAGGCGCACCGUUCUCGGGCCUGACUGUGGUUUCUUUCUUCCACUGGUCAUCAGUAUUGUGUUGGUUUGUUAAUGCGUUUAUGUCAGUUUGGCCAUAGUAUUUAAUAUGAUUUGUGUUUUCUUAUUUAUUUAGCCAGUAUGUUUUGAUUCGCUGUUUUUCGAAUGAUAAUUUCCGCAUGAUCUCUCCUGUAGGUCACCUUCUGACUGUUACAGACUUCUACUACCUCUACCGAUCUGCUGUUUCCUUGUUUCUCAACAGGAUUUUUACAGUGUUGGCGUCUAAUGUAACUUAGACAAUAAAGGGUUUGGUUGUCUACACUGCAGCUUCUCGGUGUAUCUCCCCGCCCCCGCCUGCGCUCUCGCUGCUCCCGGCGCGGCUCUGUCCGUCUGGCUCUCCUCCUCGCCCUCUCCUGCUCUCCCCGCUCACGUCUCUUACCCGUUGUUGAACUCAAAUAACACAUGAAUAAUAAUGAGCUUAUAGGAAUCUUUCAGGUUAUUCACUCAUAUUCCUUAAUUUGAAGAAUGAACAUGUAAAUUCUCUGAAAAGUCGGCGGGCAGGCCUCUUCUCUGGAAGACGGUCCCCUCUUGUGCCAUUUCCCUGCCCGGUUUCCGAAGGUCUCUUGGCAUCUCAGACGGAUACGUUGCACCUUGGUCUAAACACAGUACAAAUGUUCAAGGCAAGUGGAUUUUGCCUUUUCAGUUUUGAAAAGUAUUGAGCGCUUUGAGAGGUCCCUCCGAUACUGACUCAUUUAGUUUUUAAACCAAGAAAGACACUGGUUUCCUGCAAAGAAGGUACUCUAGGAAGUCACUCUGGCUGAUAAUUAAACGUGGCUGCUGGGUCAGGUCAAGCGAUGUCAAUUUUGACCAGUGUGUCAAGAGCCAUCUUCAGAUUUGGCCACUCUGUCAUGGGUUAUGUAACGUUCUAGAAACAUCUAUGUAAGGGGGCGCGCGCGCACACACACACGCACACAGAUAUAGUGACUUAGCACUCGGUUAGGAUGGCUGUAGUGUGGAAUGCGGAAGUAACAGGUGUCUCUCUGGUGUUUCCCAGGGAGCUGGCUCAGGGAACUGUUUGUUCUUCCCACUGAGAGAGAGAGAGAGAGAAAGAGAGAGAGAAAGAGGGAGUAGCUCACAGGGUAAAUAUUGCACCUUCUGUGGAAAGUGACAGCGCUUGUCCAUCUGUGCCCGAGGAUACUACACCCCCUGGAUUCUCAUGGCCACGUUCUCCUCACCAGUAAUCCUGCUUCAACGCAAAACAAGCCAUCACCCGCCAAGCCCUGAGAGGCUUCCGUAAUGUACAGAAAGGAGGGACUGUAUUUGCCUAACUUUUCCUUCCCACUUUGCAGACGAAGGAGCCUAUGCGGUUUUACUGCUUUUAACUUUGGUGAGUUCUAAUUGCAGAACGUUUUGUUCACUGAGAAAAAAAAAAAAAAAUCACAGGCCAGGACGUGGAGAGGUGGUUUAAGUGCCCUCCAGAGCCCCCCGUGGGCCUGCGUGACGGGACUGAGGGAGGCUGUUCAUUCUUCAUCAACUUUGCUAAUUAUGCUUUGAGGCAGUAAAAUGCAAAAGACCAUAGAAUUUGUAUUUCUUUUUUUAAAUACAAUUUAUAACAUUAUAUUUUGUACUCUUUAUAUUAGAAUUUGUAACUAGAUUGAUGUAUUUAACUCUAUUUCUGAAAAAAAUAAUUCAAUGUUUCAGUUAUGUGAUAAAAAUAUUUAGAUAAAACAUAUUCAUUCUAUUGGAAUUUGAAAUCAAUAAAAAGAUCUUGGAGUUCUUGA